UAUGAAACAACAGUGCAGCAGUAGAAAGCAAGCAGGAGACAAGAGGGAAUCUCAGUGUGGCUAUAGGCACCAUCCAGGUACACAGCACUUCCCCAUACAUCUUAACCGGGAGAAGACAUGCUUCUUUCUUUAGGCUUGACAUAAAUAUCACCUCUGGGGAGCCAGCACAAGAAUACGAUGGCCCCAAAUUCCAUCCACUGGUUCCGGAAGGGUCUCCGUCUCCAUGACAACCCAGCCUUACGGGAAGCAGUCCAGGGAGCGGACACAGUGCGCUGUGUUUACUUCCUGGAUCCAUGGUUUGCAGGCUCUUCCAGUGUCGGGGUCAACAGGUGGAGGUUUCUCCUCCACUGUUUGGAAGAUCUGGACGCCAACCUCCGGAAGCUCAACUCCCGCCUUUUUGUCAUCAGGGGCCAACCAGCUAACGUGUUCCCACGGCUCUUUAAGGAGUGGAAGAUCUCUCGGCUAACCUUUGAAUAUGAUUCGGAGCCUUUUGGGAAAGAGAGAGAUGCUGCCAUCAAGAAGUUGGCCAUGGAGGCAGGAGUGGAAGUCAUUGUCAAGAUAUCACACACCCUCUACGACCUGGACAAGAUCAUAGAGCUCAAUGGAGGGCAGCCUCCUCUCACCUACAAGCGUUUCCAGACCCUGAUCAGUCGACUGGAUCCUCCUGAGAUGCCUGUGGAGACUCUGUCGAAUACCCUGAUGGGUCGCUGUGUCACCCCCAUCUCUGAAGACCGCGGAGAAAAAUAUGGGGUCCCAUCCCUGGAAGAGCUAGGCUUCGACACCGAGGGCCUGCCUUCAGCAGUGUGGCCAGGAGGAGAGACGGAGGCCCUGACCAGGAUAGAGCGCCAUCUGGAGAGAAAAGCAUGGGUGGCUAAUUUCGAGCGCCCUAGGAUGAAUGCCAACUCACUGCUGGCCAGCCCAACAGGCCUCAGCCCCUACCUUCGCUUUGGCUGCCUCUCCUGUCGCCUUUUCUACUUCAAGCUCACUGACCUCUACCGCAAGGUGAAAAAGAACAGCUCCCCCCCGCUCUCUCUGUAUGGCCAGUUACUGUGGCGUGAGUUCUUCUACACAGCAGCAACUAACAACCCCCGCUUUGACAAGAUGGAAGGAAACCCUAUCUGUGUCCGCAUCCCUUGGGACAAAAAUCCUGAGGCUCUUGCUAAGUGGGCUGAGGCUAAGACAGGCUUUCCCUGGAUAGAUGCCAUAAUGACUCAGCUGAGGCAGGAGGGCUGGAUCCAUCACUUAGCCAGGCAUGCAGUGGCCUGCUUCCUCACCAGGGGGGACCUGUGGAUCAGUUGGGAGGAAGGGAUGAAGGUCUUUGAAGAGUUGCUUCUAGAUGCAGACUGGAGUGUGAACGCAGGCAGUUGGAUGUGGCUGUCCUGUAGUUCAUUUUUCCAGCAGUUCUUUCACUGCUACUGCCCUGUGGGCUUUGGCCGGCGCACCGACCCCAACGGAGACUUCAUAAGACGAUACUUACCUGUUCUCCGAGGUUUCCCUGCUAAGUACAUCUACGAUCCAUGGAAUGCUCCAGAGUCAGUGCAGGCGGCCGCCAAGUGCAUAAUUGGCGUCCAUUACCCAAAGCCCAUGGUGCACCACGCAGAGGCAAGCCGGCUUAACAUUGAGAGGAUGAAGCAGAUCUACCAGCAACUUAGCCGAUACAGGGGACUGGGCCUGCUGGCAUCAGUGCCAUCCACCAAUGGGAAUGGGAAUGGAGGAAUGAUGGCCUACUCUCCUGGAGAGCAGCAACCAGGGACCAACAACAACAACUCACAUUUGCCUGGCGUUUCAGCAGGUUCUGUUGCAACAGGUAAUGGCAGCGGGAGCAUCCUGCUCAACUUUGACAGUGAGGGGCAUACAGGACCUAGCAGUGUUGGGCAACAGCAACAACGAAUGCAGCCACUGCCACAGCAACAACAGCAUGGAUACCACACAGUGCCAGACGCCAACCAGCCCAUCACCAGCAGCCGACUCUACCAUGAGUUUGCUGUUCCUCAGCACCCAGGACUCCUCCUGCACACCAGAGGCAACAUCUCAGGAAAGCGGGAGCGUGAGUCGGAACGUGAAGGGGUCAGGGAGGAAGACCUGGCGUCCUGCUCUGUGCACAAGAUACAGAGGCAGACCGAAGAGACCGCCUAGAGGAUGCACAGAUGAGAGCGUCUCAAUUCACAAGAGAGUCACCAUCUGGCCAGCAGAGAGAGGAAAUCCCGACAUUGCUACCUGUCCUCCAAACACACACACAGCCUCCUCUUCCAACACAGUCGGUUUACUUCAGCUCUCUCUUUACAGUCACAAAUUUUGGAGUUUUGGCUUGACACAAUCUGUUUAAUAGAAGGGCUUCUACAACAUGGAGUCCACUGACCUCUGACCUGUCAUACAGACAGGGGACAUGACCUCAGAAACAAAAUGCCUCAGACUUAC